UGCGACCUCUGCCCGCUCCCAAGAUGGCGGCGGCGCUCCGGUGCUGACGCCGCCGGUCACUUCCGGCCGGGGAGCGGCCAUGGGGCGGCGGGGCCGGCCCGGCCGGGGGCUCCGAGGGGCUCCCUCCCGCCGCCGUCAGAUCCUGAAACUGAAAGGUGAUGUCCUGACACCUGGGAGCACGACAGACCUGGAAUGACUGGGGAGAAGCUGCUUUGCUUGGCCAUCCCUGAUCUUGCGUGCCCAUUGAAAGGUGCCAGCACUUGCAGUCUGCUUGCUCAAGGCUGGAAGGCUGGGCCUGGAUCUGCUCUGUACCUUUGAGGGAGACCUGGGCCUCUCCUGCCUGCCCCCAAGGAGCCAUGGAGGACAAACGCAACAUCCCCAUCAUCGAGUGGGAGCACCUGGACAAAAGGAAAUUCUACGUGUUUGGCAUUUGCAUGACCAUGAUGAUCCGGGUGAGCGUUUACCCCUUCACGCUCAUCCGCACGCGGCUGCAGGUUCAGAAGGGCAAGAGCCUCUACAACGGGACCUUCGAUGCCUUUGUGAAAAUCCUGCGGACAGAAGGGGCGGCCGGGCUGUACCGAGGCUUCCUGGUGAACACCUUCACCCUGAUCUCAGGGCAGUGCUACGUGACCACGUACGAGCUCACGCGCAAGUACGUCUCGCGCUACAACAACAACAACGCCGUCAAGUCCCUGGUGGCUGGAGGCUCGGCCUCCCUGGUGGCCCAGAGCAUCACGGUGCCCAUCGAUGUCGUCUCCCAGCACCUCAUGAUGCAGAGGAAAGGGGAAAGCAUGGGCAGGUUCAAGGUGCAGAACCAAGAUGGCAAGCGUCUGCUGGUCUUUGGCCAAACCAAGGAUAUCAUUGUACAGAUUUUCAAGGCUGAUGGUUUUAGAGGUUUCUACCGGGGUUAUGUGGCCUCGCUGCUCACUUAUAUUCCCAACAGUGCAGUCUGGUGGCCCUUCUACCACUUCUAUGCUGAACAGCUUUCGAGUUUGACUCCUAAAGACUGUCCCCACCUCCUUCUGCAAGCGAUAUCGGGGCCCCUUGCAGCUGCCACAGCCUCCACUCUCACCAACCCCAUGGAUGUGGUGAGGGCUCGGGUCCAGGUGGAAGGCAAGAGCUCCAUCAUUCUCACCUUCAAACAGCUCAUUGCAGAGGAAGGUCCCUGGGGGCUGACCAAAGGCCUCUCUGCCCGCAUCAUUUCGGCCACUCCUUCCACCAUCGUCAUCGUGGUGGGCUAUGAAACGCUGAAGAAGCUGAGCCUGCGCCCAGAGCUGGUGGACUCAAGGCACUGGUAGAGGCAGCUGGGGGAGGAGAACCUUCCUGUGAACUCUCUGAGUUUGGACUCUUGCAGGGGAGAGCCUGGGAUGCGACGCAGCUGCUGCGCCUUUGUCUCUGGCUGGUUUCACAGCACAAGGCAGAUGCAAAAGCAACUGCACUUCACCUCUUUAGAUCUGAGUGUCAUGCAAUGGUUCUGCUGCUGGUUUCGCUUCAACUGUGACCUUUGGCAGUGCUCUUUGCCUGGAACAGUCCAUUCCAGGUGUGUGAAUGCAUCCUGGCAAGUUAGUAAUUCCUUUUUUUUUUUAAAUUAAAGACUUACUGGCUUAAGCAAAAAGCCAGUUUAUUCUCUUUAAAUUAUUUUCAUCUUUGCCAAACUUCCAAGGAGUCUCACAGCCUUCAGCAGGACCCUCUGCUGGGACGUCUCUAGUGGCAGUUGUGCUGUGGGAAGCUGGAAGCAGAAAAUAGACAAGUGACUUUCUCCAAUUACCUGCUUUUAUUUCUAGAAGAUGUGAGACAAGAGUAACCUGGAACCACUUCAGACCUGAUUUCCUGCGUUUUGAAUAGAUCUACAUACUUGUUUUGUAUAUUCUUGGAAAAUGUUCCCUGUCUCUCAUCCUCCAAACAGCAAGCUGGCUGAUAGCAAGUGGGGAGCUGAGCUGGCUGUUUGGAAUUAGCUGAUGGCAGUUUUGACACCUAACCUGUGUUUUUAAUCUGUUGUAAUUUAAUUUUUUUUAUUCUAGGGAAGCUUAUUCUAAUUUCUGGGGAACUGAAUGGUUGUCCUGUGGCCUCGUUCAGUGUGUCAAUCCUGCAUGUUCAGAGUGGCUGUGGCCACUUCCCACCUUAGUUAGUUUAAGCCCAGAAAUGCAGUUUGGAAGUGUUUGAUCGUGGUGCUGCCAGCAGCUGGAUGAGAACUGAAUGGGCUUUGAGCUACAAUUAGAUGGGACGUGGGGAAGGAAAAACCUUGUGCUGGCUUUUGAUCCGGUUCAAACCUGACAGGCAUGUCUAUAUUGAAUAAGAAGUGAUGGUUCACUUCAUGAGUUUAAAUUCUGCUCUUCCAGUUUGGGAAGGGCAAGGAUAAUGUUUUGCACAAUUGCUGGAUCAGAAGCCUGAGCUAUGGUCUGUGUAUUUUACCAGGUGAAAACUUCAGGGGAAUGAAACCAGAG